AUGGUUAGAUCGAGCGUAUUUGUUAGACACCUUUACUUGAACAAGGGUAAUAGAGUGGAAGGGUUGAAAAGAGAUCCGGCAGUGGCAUUUACAAACUCUGAAGGCCAAGAGUAUGCGCUAAAUGAAGGCAAUAUAAGUCAUAUUAAAUCCUAUCUUGGGCCCAAUUAUCAAGUGCCCGACGAAGUAGCGUUGCAAGUAAUAACGCACAAAUCAUUCGGUAAUGGUAUAAAACCUUAUAACGAGAAGCUUGCAGCUAUGGGAUCAAAACUCCUUAACUUGAGCCUAGCCAAAUACGUCAUAAACAAUACAACCACCAACAACAAUGAUGAAAAGGAAUUGGAAAUUAAUAAUAAGAAUUUAUCGUCAUUGGGGAGCUUAUGGUCAAGAGAACUAUGCGGACGUGCGUCAACUGGUUACUUUGCUAACUUAAAAGGUCUUAAUAAGGUAAUGUUUUGGAAGCUGAGGAAUCCGAGCUUAUCGUUUGAAUCGAGUGGUGCUUUGAAAGUUAGCGCGCAGUUACUUUAUAGUUUAAUCGGUGCAGUAAACUUUUAUCACGGGAAGGAGAAAGCUGAAGCAUUUAUAGAGGAAAAUAUAGUACGAGGUCUUGAAGAGGUGACAACAGAGCUUCUCAAAGAGCAAUAA